GGCGGCUUGAUUGGCCCGAGCGGGCCUGACGCCCGAUCCCGCUAUAAGUGCGGGGCCGCGGCCAUCUGCGCCACAGUCUGCCGAGAGUCGCCGCGGUUUCCUGCUUCAACAGUGCUUGGACGGAACCCGGCGCUCGACCACCCCCCCUCCGGCCGGCCGCCCAGAGCCAGCCCUCCGCCAUCUCCUCACAGCGCCCUCGGACCGCCCCAAGGCUCCCGCCGCCGCUCCAGCGCCGCCACCGCCCGCCGCCGCCGCCUCUCCUCAGCCGCCGCCAUGACGACCGCGUCCCCCUCGCAGGUGCGCCAGAACUACCACCAGGACUCGGAGGCCGCCAUCAACCGCCAGAUCAACCUGGAGCUCUACGCCUCCUACGUCUACCUGUCCAUGUCUUACUAUUUUGACCGUGAUGAUGUGGCUUUGAAGAACUUUGCCAAAUAUUUUCUUCACCAAUCUCAUGAGGAGAGGGAACAUGCUGAGAAGCUGAUGAAGCUGCAGAACCAGCGAGGUGGCCGAAUCUUCCUUCAGGAUAUCAAGAAACCAGACCGUGACGAUUGGGAGAACGGGCUGAAUGCGAUGGAGUGUGCGUUACACUUGGAAAAGAGUGUGAAUCAGUCACUACUGGAACUGCACAAACUAGCCACUGACAAAAACGACCCCCAUUUGUGUGACUUCAUUGAGACGCAUUAUCUGAAUGAGCAGGUGAAAUCCAUCAAAGAACUGGGUGACCACGUAACCAACCUGCGCAAGAUGGGGGCUCCCGAAUCUGGCAUGGCAGAGUAUCUCUUUGACAAGCACACCUUGGGAAACAGUGAUAAUGAGAGCUAAGCCUUAGGCUGUCUUCCCAUCGCCACACGGGUGACUUCCCCGGUCACCGAGGCAGUGCAUGCGUGUUGGGGUUACCUUUCCCUUUUCUAGAAGUUGUACCAAAACAUCUACUUAACUUCUUUCAUUUGUACCGUUCCUUCAAAUAAAGUAAUUUGGCACCCA